GCGCGUGUCUGUGUGUGUUUGUGUGUCUGUUUGUGGUAAUGGCACUGUUCAUGGAUCCAGACUUCUCUUUACUCAAGCAGAACCAGCAGAAAGACAUGAUGGAUUUUAAAGCGUUAUUUGGAGAACAGGAUCACUGUAAAGAAGAUGCCGGGUCCUCUCCGGAGCCGGAGCGCGCCGCGGGCUGCCUGGAGGCGCAGAGGAAGAGGAAGAGGACCAUCUUCAGCCGAGCGCAGCUGUCGGAGCUGGAGCAGGCCUUCAAUGUCACCCCGUACCCCGACAUCACCCUGAGGGAGAGGCUGGCUGCACACACACACCUGCCCGAGAGCAAGAUACAGGUGUGGUUCCAAAACAGGAGAGCCAGAAGUAUCAAGACUGGCAGACUCCCAAAGUCUGUCACCAAGCCUGUCCAGGGAGGGAGAGGUGCUGUGGAGUCCUCCCCUGCACCCAUGACCACCACCUUCUCCACCCCAGCCACCCUGCAAGACAUAUUCAGGCAAGAGCAGAGCCACCACUCUGAGGAUGUUCCGCACAUGUACUCCGACUGGUUCCAAAUCUACAGCAACCCUAUAUCGUCACCACCGUCCUCCUCAACCCUCCAACAGCAGCCCACUCCGGCCUCCUCCAAAGCUUCAGAGCCUCGUCCCUGGGAGGAGGAGCAGCACCGACAGCAGCACUUGGGACCAGCACUCCCUGGAUUUAUUCCUAGUUCAUUUUCCCAGCCCAUCAGCAGGCAGCCUCACCACUCCGCCACGUCCCGCUCGUAUCAGGCUUUCAGGAGCUUCAAGCCCCAGAGCUUGGUUCCAGCUGGGGCUCACCAGGCUAUGUAUGGAGGCAGCACUGGAGGUGGAAGCCAUGCCUCUGUGGACCAGGUAGUCCCCUCUCACCCUCAGCCAGUGUACUGGGAGGUAACUCAGGGCCAAGGACCUCACCACCAUCACCACCACCACCACCCACAAAUGGGACCACAGACGUCCAUGGGCUACAUCUCAGACCUGAUCUACAACGCUGCUAUUGUCACUAACUUUCUUGAAUUCUGAAUACUCUGGAGCAUUAGCGUUAAAGCAUUAAAAUGUUAGAAUAAAACUGCCUCUUCUUCACAUUGUUCAAUCACAGCUCUCUUUUCUGUCAUGAUCCCUUGUAUUUGCCUUUAUUACAUUUUCUGUGUCUCAAUCUGUCCUUUGUUUUAAAAGAGCUGCUUGUGCAUCAAACAAACCUAUAUAUGUACAGUUGUUGUGUUGUUGUUGCUUCAUCCUUGUCAUCAUUUUCUUUAAAUGUUUUUUGUGCUGCAUAUUUUAGGGAAUAAAUACAUUUUAUUUCACCCCAGCCAUGAGUGUAAUUUCUAACAUUUCCAAAAACCACACAUUUUUGGUUUGUAUAUUCUUAACAAAGAUCCAUAUUUUCCCAUUUCUGUUGGUAAAACAAUCAUUUUACAAA